AUGACGACUCCAACACAUAACGGUCUUGUCAUCGUAGCUCCCCGAGCCCCUUAUGAGAUACAUCAAUUCCCCACGAUCUCACCAGUAGAUGAUGAAAUCCGGGUUCAUGUCAAGUGGACAGCUUCUACACCCUUGGACCUUCAUCAGGCAGACGGCGGGCUCUUGAUUGAAACGCCAUUUAGAACUGGAUCUACUUCAGCUGGCAUUGUUGUCGAAGUUGGGCCCAAUGUGAAGCACCUACGGGUUAGUGAUAGAGUCAUUGGCUUUGCUCAUCAGCAACCGAAGUGGAAGAGUCAUCAGGAAUAUGCCACUGCUCCUGAAUGGGUUUUUGGAAAGAUACCUGAUAACUUAUCGAUGGAAGAGGCUGUUACGAUACCAGAAAACUUCGUCACGGCGUUUAAUGCCAUCUCCACGGACUUGGGCCUCCCUACUCCGUGGCCGAAGCCCAAAGGCUACAUCCCACCCAGGGCUGAUGACCCGAUAUUGAUUUGGGGUGCUGCAUCCUCUAAAGGGGACGCCCCAGCUUUUCCAUUGAUAGUCGACUGCAUCGGUUCACAAGAUGGAUCGGUUGGUCCGAUUUCCAAGAUCGCCCAGAGCGGUACGACUGUCGCGAUUAUGCUACCGGUCAUCGUAAAGCACGCAACGGAGACAGAUGUACCCGAGUACUCGAUGGAUGCAAGCACCAGCGCCCAGUGGGCAGACGGCGUCAAUGUACGCGGAGUGCGGACUUUUUUUUAUUGGAGAAACCCACUCUUCAAGGAAAAACUGCAACUAGAGAUCAUGCCUUACAUGCUGGCUGCAGGUCACGUGGUACCGAAUCGCAUCCGCGUGGUUGAAGGACGUACUCUGCUGGAGAGAGCUACCAAGGCGUUGGAAUUACUUCGGACGGGAGGGGUGAGCGGAGAGAAGCUCGUCUGGAGAGUUUCGGAGGAAUGA